CCCAAAGUGUGAAGUCUCAUUUCCUCUUUCAAUAAUUGUAUUGAUACUCCUCAGCCACGAGAUCACGACUGUAAACAACCGAUAAUCUACAGUGUUCUGUGUUGCCAACGUUUUCUGGAUACAGUGUAUUGUGUUGUGUGUUUUUGCAUCCCAUCAUGUUUACAAACUGCCCAUCUGUGUCUUCUGCUUCUGGUGUGAAGAAGAAGAGGACGAGAAUUCCUCUUAAAAUGAAACUCAAGAUAAUUGCCCAGCGUGAACGCGGCAAGCCAGUAACAGCCAUCGCACGUGAGUUAGGACUUCAUCCAUCGACGAUCUCGUCCAUCUUCAAGGAUAAGAAGCGAAUCAGAGAUGCAGCCAAAUCGUUAGCAUCGGUUAAAUCCACGGUCAUCAGGAAAAAAAGAGCUGGGCCGAUUGGUGAUAUGGAGAGAUUACUUGUCACGUGGAUGAAUGACCAGAUACAGAAGCACAAACCGCUCAGCUUAUCGACGAUCCAGGCUAUGGCAAGAAGUUUUUUCAAUACACUAAAAGAGAAUUCCGAUGAUCCCACGUAUACACAAGUGUUUACAGCAAGUCCUGGAUGGUUCCAACGCUUCAAAAGGCGUAAUAAUUUUAAUAAUGUGAAGAUCAGCGGUGAGGCAGCAAGUGCCAAUACUGAAGGUGCCGCAGCUUUUAAGGAAGAGCUGAAUAGGAUAAUUGUGGAUGAGAAAUAUUUGCCAGAACAAAUAUUCAAUGUCGAUGAAACAUGCUUGUUCUGGAAGCGUAUGCCAGAGCACACAUACAUUCAUCAAGAGUCCAAGACAAUGCCAGGAUUCAAGACAUACAAAGACCGUGUAACGCUGCUUUUGGGUGGGAAUGUUGCAGGUUUCAAAUUAAAGCCUUUACUAAUCUACCACUCGGAGAACCCUAGAGCAUUGAAGAAUGUGAGUAAGCAAACGCUUCCCGUUCAUUAUCGCCAUAACAGGAAAGCCUGGAUGACAUUAGCAUUGUUUGCCGACUGGUAUCUAAACUGUUUUAUACCGGAGGCAAGAGAAUAUUGUUGGGAAAACAACAUCCCAUUCAGAAUUCUUCUGAUCUUGGAUAAUGCUCCAGGACAUCCGCGGCAUAUCGGCAACAUGCAUCCCUAUGUAAAGGUUGUGUAUUUGCCACCGAGCAUAACCGCUCUCAUUCAACCAAUGGAUCAAGGCGUAAUAUCCACGUUCAAAGCCUACUAUUUACGCCAAAUGUUUGCGCAGGCUGUUGGAGCGACUGAAUCUGGCCGAACACUCCGAGACUUUUGGAACGGUUUUAACAUUCUAGACGCUAUCCGGAACAUCGUUGCAGCGUGGAAAGGUGUCACACAGAAAUGCAUGAAUGGCGUUUGGAAGAAAGUUAUGAAGGCAUAUGGGAACAAAGGUUUUAACAAAAAUUCUACUGUUGAUAACAUAGUAAGAAACAAGAUAUUGGUGCUUGGGAACCAGCUAGAAUUGGACAUUGAUGAAGAAGAUAUUCAUGAGCUUGUUGACAUUGAGGCUGAAGAACUUUCCAAUGAGGAUCUGAUCGAACUGGAGGAAGAAAGAAGAAAAGAAGCUGUGGCAGUGAAAGAAGAAGUUAUAGCCGAGCCACCAAAAACGUUCACAACAAAGACACUGGCGGAGGCGCUUGCUGCUAUCAGCAGUGGCGUACGGAUGUUGGAAGAAAUGGACGUCAAUUAUGAGAGAUUCACAAAAACUGACAGGCAGUUACAGGAUGCUCUUGCCUGCUAUAGGGAAAUAUAUAAUAAUAUGAAUAAAGAAUAA